AUGACAACUAAAAGAGUAGCUCUCGUUACAGGUGCUACUCGCGGGAUCGGACGUGCAAUCGUGGAUCGUUUAUCGAGCUCGGGGAUAUCUUGCAUCAUGGUGGGUUCUAAGAUGGAGAGUUUUAAACAAAUGAAUGAAAGUCCGCCAAUGCUUCCAAAUAAUGAGCAGUGGCAUCGCGGGCUGGCCAUUGAUCUAGGACAGUGGCCCAAAUGGACCGUUGAAGAAAAGUACAGCGGUUUCCAAUAUUCUAGAGGGCGUCAUUCCGGUGAGCACGAGACGCACGCGGGGAAUUGGCCCCUGCUGGCACUAGAGGAUGGAUACGAGCUGGCCAUGCUGGUGAACUGUGCAGGAGUCACACAAGCGUCCCCAUCGGCACUGUGCAGACCUUUAGAAAUGCAGAGAAUAACUAACGUAAAUUUUUUGAGCGCAGUCAGUAUGUGCAACGCAGCUUCCAAAAAGAUGAUGCGAUCGCGGAAACGGCAGGACCGCGCUCCGUGCAUUAUAAACAUCUCCUCGGUGCUGGGAGGGGACCCCAACGUCGAGCCCUUGCCGGGCACCUCGAUCUACAGCUCUACGAAGGCCGCUCUGGCGCAGUACUCGCGUGUUCUGUCAGCGGAGCUGGCAGGCGCUGGGAUCGCCGUUCACUGUCUCUCGCCUUCUCUUGUGGCGGACACAGAUAUGAUCCAGAAUUUGAACACCCAAGCACAAGCACGAUUGCAUGCCCGAUUUGGGGAUGGAAAUUCUACUGGCAUUCAAACAAAAUAUGACAUUGCUGCAGAAGUAUGGGAACUUUAUGAGCAAUCCAAGAAAUAG